AUGAACUUUGGCCGCGGUCCCUCGGUGGUGUUGAACGUCGGGGGCACCCGGUACUCCUUCUCCCGGGAGGUGCUGAAGGAUUUCCCGCUGCGCCGGGUGAGUCGCCUGCACGGCUGCCUCUCGGAGCAGGACGUUCUGGAGGUGUGCGACGACUACGACCGGGAGCGGAACGAGUACUUCUUCGACAGGCACUCGGAGGCCUUCGGCUUCAUCAUGCUGUACGUCCGGCACGGCCACCUGCGCUUCGUUCCGCACAUGUGCGAGCUCUCCUUCUACAACGAGAUGAUCUACUGGGGGCUGGAGGGCUCUCACCUCGACUACUGCUGCCAGCGCCGCCUCGACGACCGCAUGUCCGAGACGUGCACCUACUACGCGGCGGAGGAGCCGAAUGGCGGCCGCGAGGGCAAGGGCCGGCGGCCGCCCGGAGCCGAGGGCAGGAAGUGGCUCGAGAGGAUGAGGAGGACUUUUGAGGAGCCCACGUCUUCCGUGGCCGCCCAGGUCCUGGCCACCGUCUCCAUCCUCUUCGUCAUUGUGUCCAUGGUGGUGCUGUGCGCCAGCACCCUGCCCGAGUGGCGGGCGCCGGAGAAUCGCAGCGUGGAGGAGCAGAGCAGGAUAAUUGAAGCUAUCUGCAUAGGCUGGUUCACUGCAGAAUGCAUUGUGAGGUUCAUCGUCUCCAAAAACAAGUGUGAGUUUGUCAGAAGACCUCUCAACAUCAUUGAUUUGCUGGCAAUUACUCCUUACUACAUCUCUGUUCUAAUGACAGUUUUCACAGGGGAAAAUUCACAGCUUCAGAGGGCUGGAGUCACCUUGAGGGUCUUAAGAAUGAUGAGAAUCUUUUGGGUGAUUAAACUGGCCCGUCAUUUCAUUGGCCUUCAAACACUUGGUCUGACUCUGAAGCGUUGUUACAGAGAGAUGGUGAUGCUACUUGUCUUUAUCUGUGUUGCUAUGGCAAUUUUCAGUGCACUUUCACAGCUUCUUGAAAAUGGGCUGGACUUGGGAACAAAGAAUAAGGAUUAUGCCAGCAUUCCUGCUGCUUGUUGGUGGGUGAUCAUCUCAAUGACCACAGUUGGUUACGGUGACAUGUGUCCCAUCACUGUCCCAGGAAGGAUUCUUGGAGGGAUUUGUGUGGUUAGUGGCAUCGUUUUAUUAGCCCUGCCAAUCACUUUCAUUUAUCACAGCUUUGUGCAGUGCUACCAUGAGCUCAAGUUCCGAUCUGCUAGGUACAGUAGAAGCCUCUCUGCUGAAUUCUUAAAUUGACCCAACUUGCAUUCUGCUGUACUUACUUGCUAAGCUUUGUCUUAGAAGAGAACGGUGGAAGGUCCCUUCACAUGUCCUCCUUGACUGGAUGGUCCUGUGGAACAACAUUCUCACCAGCCUGGAGAAAGCCCGCCACCAUUCAGACAGGAAGGAUGGCCAUCUGCCUUGAGCACCUUGCAAGGAGAGGGAGUGAUGUUUCAAAUUUGAGAGAACAAAAUUAACCAAAGAGGAUUCAGAAGUCCUCAACCAGACCAGUUUGGUGUUCAGUUUGCCUUCCCUCAAAAAAAGCAGAACAAAAAAAUGGGUGUAACAUUGAGAUCUGUCAUUCCUGUAAUUAUAUCCUAAACCAUUCUAAGCAAUGUGUAGCAGAAGCUUUUCAAAUAUUCCAAUAUCUAAAUGUUUCACAGAGGCAUUGAUAGCUUCUUGCCUGAAGUAU